AUGACGUGGAAUUUUGGAAGGAGAAAUUAUGGAGAGAAUAAUGGGAAGGGGAAACGGCUAAUACUUGGGAACGGGAAAGAAAGGGAAAAGUGUUAUGGUUUUCCUGUGUUGGAGACGACGCGUUUCGUGUUUGCCAAGCAAAUCUUGAAACGGCACAACAGGGUGACGCAAUUAGAGUACUGGUCCUGGAAAGAGAACGAUAAAAAAGUCUGGGAAGAAUUUCCAAUUCCACAUUCAGCCCCAAUAACAACAAACACAAAGGCCAAUUUAAAUCUUCUCCUCUCUUCACUUUCCUCAAACGUAACCCGCAACAACAUCAAUGGUUUCUACAACGUCUCUGCAGGACAGGAUCCUGAUGCUGUCUACGGCAUGUUUCUUUGCCGUGGUGAUGUUAGGAACAGUGUUUGCCGAAGUUGUGUCAACUUUGCUACCAAAGACGUACUCGGAAGGUGCCCAAAUGAGAAAGUAGCCGUGAUAUGGUUUGAUGAGUGCGAAUUGCGUUACUCAAACAGAAACAUCUUUUCUACUGUAGACCAAGACCUUACCUUAAUCAUGUCGAGUCCAAACAAUGUUACAGUCCAACCUGAGCGCUUUAACCAGCUAGUAGCAACCACCAUAAAUGAUAUAGCGAGUCGGGCUGCAGCUGCUCCUUCAGGUGCCAGGAAGUUUGCUGUUCAACAGGCAAACUAUACUGGGGAACAAAAACUGUACACUCUUGUGCAGUGUACACCAGAUUUACCUAGUUCAGGUUGUAGUCGGUGUCUUGAGGAUGCUAUUUCAAUAUUAAGGAAUUGCUGUGAUAGAAGGCAAGGAGGAAGAGUCAUAUUUGCAAGUUGUAAUUUUCGGUAUGAGCUUUAUGAAUUGUAUAAUGCAACGGCAGCAGCGGAGGCUUCACCGCCUCCUCCGCCCCCUCCGCCUGCCGCACUUACUCCUCCUCCGGCUUCAGGUUCAGGGGAAAGACCGAAAGCCCAGAAUUUGCCACCUGCUAGGUACGAUGGGUUCGUGUACGAGAAUCGUCAAGGUGACUUGGACUCCAUCCUGAUCGAAGCAUUCUAUGACCCUGUCUGCCCCGAUUCCAGCGACUCCUGGCCACCUCUCAAAGAAGCACUUAAACACUACGGUUCUUGUGUUUGGCUCAUCGUUCACCUCCUCCCCUUACCGUACCACGACAAUGCAUUUGUUACUUCUCGCGCUUUGCAUAUCGCGAAUGCACUCAAUAGUUCGUUUACAUUCCCUUUGUUGGAGCAGUUCUUCAAGCAUCAGGAGAAGUUCUAUAAUUCCAAAACAAGCAAUUUGUCGAAAGUUGCUAUUUUGAAGGAAGUAGUGAAGUUUGCAACUGUAGUGGUUGGGAAUUCCUAUUCUUCUGCAUUUGAAUCUGGUUUUAAUGAUAGACAAACUGAUCUGAAAACUAGGGUCUCCUUCAAGGUAAGAUGA